AUGCUCGUCCUUGGUGCGUGGCGAGAACAUAAUUACCAAAAGUGCUUCGCAGGCGCAUGGGAACGAUUGCAAACCCUAAUUUCGGUCAAGCGGACCGACCAGGCGCUCCCCUGUGAGAAAACAGUAAGCUUAGUGCGGAGUAAAUUAAGAGGCUCGAAUGGAGGGCUCCGCGCACAACUGGCUCUCUUUCUCCCUCUCUCACCAUCAUGGCCUCUUCGAAGCCUUCUCCACUCCGCCGCCGCGGCGGAGCCGAGGAGGGUGGCGGAGGAGUCAACUUUCGGUCAACGCACCUCCAUUUACCGUGGGGUUACGAGGCACAGGUGGACGGGCCGGUAUGAGGCGCACCUCUGGGACAAUAGCUGUCGCCGGGAGGGUCAAAGCCGAAAAGGGCGCCAAGUCUACUUAGGUGGCUAUGACAAAGAGGAAAAGGCGGCGAGAGCGUACGACCUCGCGGCGCUCAAAUACUGGGGUCCAAACGCGACCACGAACUUCCCUGUGUCGAAUUACGAGAAGGAGUUGGAGGAGAUGAAGACCAUGACGCGCCAAGAGUUUGUGGCCUCUCUGCGAAGAAAGAGUAGUGGGUUCUCUAGAGGAGCUUCCAUAUAUAGAGGAGUAACAAGGCACCACCAACAUGGCCGUUGGCAGGCGAGGAUCGGCCGAGUAGCCGGCAACAAGGACCUCUAUCUAGGCACUUUCAGCACACAGGAGGAAGCGGCGGAGGCCUACGACAUAGCAGCGAUCAAAUUUCGGGGCCUCAAUGCGGUGACCAACUUCGACAUGAGCCGCUACGAUGUGGAGGCCAUACUCAACAGCGACCUGCCGAUCGGGAGUCUAUCUUCCAAGGCAUCGAAGGUCUCAUCGGACGCAUCCUCGAUGACAUCCGCAUCCGAACUCAGGCCCGGGAGAAGCGCGGAGGCGCCAUCGCAAGGUGGCCAAGACUACUGGUCUCUCCUCGCGCACCACUACCACCAACAAGAGCUCUACAACGCAUCAUCGGGCUUCGAAGUGUUCGGUUCCGGGGUUAAUGUGGAUUUUUCAGCUAGUAGUGGUGGUGGUGGUGGUGGUGGCAACAGUUAUGGUGGUGGGGUUAUGUGGAGUGGUGGUGGUGCAAUGGCUCACCAAAUGCAUGAUAAUAGGGGGAGUAGUAGUAGUAGCAGUGCAUGUUCAAACAUUCCUUAUGCCACACCUAUUGUUAUGGGAGGGAACUAUGAGAGCUCAAAUAGUAAUGUGGGGAGCUGGGGUACUGCACCUUCUUACUUCUAUAAUUACCAGGGUGCAACCUCUAAUGCUUCAGCUAUGCACACAGCUCUUUAUGGAAUGGAAUGAUGAGAAUGAUAAAGGAAAAGUAGAGAGAGAGAGAGAGAGAGAGAGAGAGAGAGAGAGAGAGAGGUGACAGUGACCUCAGGAGGAGAGAAUGCUACAGGGGAGCAGAGAAAGAGAGGGGUGAUAGGGGACUAACAUGGGAUACAAAGUUUUGCUAGUUGUCAUGCUCUUUUACUUUGUGUUAUUCUUUUGCUGACACAAUUCUGUACUAAUCAUUAGGGUAGCAGAGUAGCAGUAACAUGAAAACCCUUUAAGCAUCUUUUUUUGUAUCUUGACUUAAAUUUGUUUCUUCUGAGCUUGCAUA